GAUUUAUUGGAGAUAGCGGGGGCCGGCAGGCCCCGCUAUCUCCGGCGAGUUUCGGCUAUCUCCGGCGGAGCGGCUCGAAGAGUCGCUCCACUCUAGAUAAAUCCGGCGGAUCAACAAUUGGGCCCGAUGUGCGAGCAAGCUAGCGGUGAUUUAGUACGAGAUCCCGACGUUAUCCCGCUCAAUGAGAGAAGAAGAUUGGUACAACAGGCUCUAGACACGUGUUCGUUCCCACCUCAGACUGUCUUUCCUGAAUCUGUAUCGUGUGGAGCAAGCUUGGCUUCGUUUUUUUCUCGGCCGGUGUUGGUGUGGGUUCCAGAAGCAAGAAGACGAUGGAAGCGUCCGUUCUGUGUGGACGUCGGAUACAAGUAUAAUGUUCUCUAUGUGAAGUACCAGUGCGCCCGCAAAGUUGCAAGCGGAAAGGCCAGGACGUUUUUAACGUUGAGCUCUAGCUUUCUCGAGGCUAACCCAGACGUGGCAGUACAUCUCCCGUUCGUCAUUAGCAAGAAAAUGGGGUUUUCUAAGGGGUUAAUGGAGCACGUUCAUGAAGGAAUUCUCUCUCCCAAUGGAUUCUCGCGUGCUUUGAUCGGCCAGAAGUACCGCGAAAAUGCCGCUUAUUUGCCGCCGAUCCCGCCCACCGUCGAUGCAUACCUGGAAAAAAACAAGGUGGUGUCACAAAGCUCAAUGACCGACGCCUGGUUGGCGUACACUGAAUUAUACGGCUCUCUGUGUGAAGUAGUAAUGAAGCAGACCAAAGUGAAGAAGGUCCUGCGUGCUGAUCACUCGGUGAAGUUCUGCAAACGAUUGAAACUGUGGAGCGGUCAUGGACAACGUGAUAAUCUAGCAGACGCAAAAAUAUUGCUUCUGUUGCAAAAUGAAAUCGGGCAGAUAGUUGGUCGGCGUCUUACGAGCUCCGAAAACAAAGAUGAGACCAUGCAACUACUCUCUGACGUUCGACCGCAGCUCGAUGCAGACGGCGACUGCUAUCUCAUCUCUGAUAAAGCGGCAGCCGUGCGGAAAUUCGUUGUGGAAGCGCUGGGCGAUUCUGUCGUUGUCAAACAGGAUCCGAGCGAGCGCUGCAGCAGCAACUAUUUGACACUCUUCGACGGACCAAUAUUGUCUCGCAGAAACGACUGGCGUUUUGUAGACUCUAUGACUUCGCGAGCUGUGUCUGCGGUGGAGUUCGAGCAUUUGACAAAGUAUCACUAG